UCACACUCACUAACCAGUGUCUCAAAAUGGGUAGUAACCUUCUUUUCUUCUUCUUCAUUCUACUUUCCCAGAACUUCAAUGCUUCUUCUGCGGAUGAAGUUGAAGCAGCAUCUUCAAAAACCUUCAUCUUCCGUGUAGAUUCCACAUCGAAACCCUCAAUUUUCCCUACCCAUUACCACUGGUACACUUCUGAGUUCACUCAACACACCCAAAUCCUCCAUCUAUACGACACCGUUUUCCAUGGCUUCUCCGCCGUGCUCACGCAGAACCAAGCCGACACCAUCAGCCACCACCCUUCUGUCCUCGCUGUUUUCGAGGACCGUCGCCGCCACCUCCACACCACGCGCUCCCCUCAGUUCCUCGGCCUCCGCAACCAGCAGGGUCUCUGGUCUGAAUCCGACUAUGGCUCCGAUGUCAUCAUCGGUAUCUUCGACACCGGAGUCUGGCCUGAACGCCGGAGCUUCUCCGAUUUGAAUCUCGGCCCCAUCCCUCGCCGGUGGAAAGGGGUUUGUGAAACCGGAGUCAGAUUCUCACCCAGAAACUGUAACCGCAAGUUGGUUGGAGCGAGAUACUUCUCCAAAGGACACGAGGCUGGUGCUAGUUCAAUGAACCCCAUCAAUGAAACCGUUGAAUUCCGAUCCCCUCGUGACGCCGAUGGCCACGGCACCCACACUGCCUCCACCGCCGCCGGUCGCUACUCCUUCAAAGCAAGCAUGUCUGGUUACGCUUCCGGGAUCGCCAAGGGCGUCGCUCCCAAAGCGCGGUUGGCGGUUUACAAGGUUUGCUGGAAGAGUUCCGGUUGCUUCGAUUCAGACAUCCUCGCCGCCUUUGACGCCGCCGUUAACGACGGCGUGGACGUCAUUUCCAUAUCCAUCGGCGGCGGUGACGGUAUUGCAUCCCCCUACUACCUGGACCCCAUCGCAAUCGGAUCCUACGGCGCUGUUUCCAGAGGAGUGUUUGUCUCUUCCUCCGCCGGCAACGACGGUCCAAGCGGCAUGUCAGUGACCAACCUCGCUCCAUGGUUGACGACGGUGGGAGCAGGCACAAUCGAUCGGGAUUUCCCUUCACAGGUGGUUCUCGGCGAUGGUCGGAGACUCUCCGGCGUGUCUCUCUACGCCGGUCCAGCGUUGAACGGGAAAAUGUACCAAUUAGUCUAUCCUGGGAAAUCAGGGGUGUUGGGAGAUUCACUCUGCAUGGAAAGCUCUCUCGAUCCGAAGCAGGUGAUGGGGAAAAUCGUGGUCUGCGAUAGAGGAAGCAGCCCUAGGGUUGCGAAGGGGCUGGUAGUGAAGAAAGCCGGCGGCAUCGGAAUGAUUCUGGCGAAUGGAAUCUCCAACGGUGAAGGACUCGUCGGAGAUGCUCAUCUUCUUCCAGCAUGCGCCGUUGGAUCCAACGAAGGAGAUGCAAUCAAAGCCUACAUCUCUUCUUCCACAAACCCAACCGCCACGAUCGAUUUCAAGGGAACGAUCCUCGGAAUCAAACCGGCGCCGGUUCUCGCUUCUUUCUCCGCCAGAGGACCAAACGGUUUAAACCCUCAGAUUCUCAAACCGGAUCUAAUCGCUCCCGGAGUCAACAUCCUCGCGGCGUGGACCGACGCCGUCGGUCCAACCGGUCUGGAUUCCGAUUCACGGAGAACCGAGUUCAAUAUUUUGUCCGGGACCUCCAUGGCUUGCCCUCAUAUAAGCGGCGCCGCGGCGUUGCUGAAAUCAGCACAUCCAGAUUGGAGCCCCGCCGCCGUGAGAUCCGCCAUGAUGACCACCGCAACUGUUCUCGACAACCGGAAACAGAUCCUGACCGAUGAAGCCACCGGGAACAGUUCCACUCCCUACGAUUUCGGUGCGGGUCAUGUCAAUUUGGGUCUUGCAAUGGAUCCUGGGUUGGUCUAUGAUAUCACUGGUGCUGAUUAUGUAAACUUCUUGUGUGGAAUCGGUUACGGGCCGAGGGUUAUUCAGGUAAUUACACGUGCUCCGGUGAGUUGUCCGGCGAGGAAGCCGUCGCCGGAGAAUCUGAAUUACCCGUCGUUUGUGGCUAUGUUUCCGGUGGGGUCGAAGGGUUUGACGACGAAGACGUUUAUAAGAACCGUGACAAACGUGGGGCCCGCGAACUCGGUUUAUAGAGUGAGUGUGGAGUCGCAGAUGAAGGGGGUGACGGUGACGGUGAAGCCGUCGCGGCUUGUGUUCUCUGAGGCGGUGAAGAAGCGGAGUUAUGUGGUGACGGUGGCGGCGGAGACCCGAUUCCUGAAGAUGGGUCCUUCUGGGGCGGUAUUCGGGUCGCUUACGUGGACGGAUGGGAAGCACGUGGUUCGGAGCCCCAUUGUGGUUACUCAAAUAGAACCGUUGUAGAGAGCUUCAACCAAUGUCGUUUUGGUCAAUACGACUCUGCUAGAGUUGUCUAGUUACAACUUACAACUCAGUUCACUUCUUAAUUUUUAUUUUUAUUUAAAUUUAGGAAUGUGCGAUUUUUUUUUUAGGGGAACCACUUUUUUAAAAUAACUAGGUUGGAGUUCCUUUGUUGUGUUGUUUUUCAAAGAUUUUGGUUGCUUUAGCUUGUAUUUAUAUAAUUAUUUAAAAAAUUACGAGAUAAGUUAUUUGUGA